AUGUGGUGGCACUGCUGGCAGUGCGGUGGUGGCACUGCUGGCGGGUAUAGUGACGGUGGCAGCAGUGGUGACACUACUGUGGUGUAUGGCGGCAGAAGCGGUGGUGGCACUGCUGGCGGGUAUAGUGACGGUGGCAGCAGUGGUGACACUACUGUAGUGUAUGGCGGCAGAAGCGGUGGUGGCACUGCUGGCGGGUAUAGUGAUAGUGGCAGCAGCAGUGGUGACACUACUGUAGUGUAUGGUGGCAGCGUUGGUGGCACUGCUGGCGGGUAUAGUGAUGGUGGCAGCAGCAGCGGUGACACUACUGUAGUGUAUGGUGGCAGCGUUGGUGGCACUGCUGGCGGGUAUAGUGACGGUGGGGAUGGCACAACUACCGUAAUUUAUGGGGGCAGUAGUGGUGGUGGCAAUACUGGAGGGUAUGGCGACGGCGGUGGUGGCAAUACUGGAGGGUAUAGCGGCGGCAGCAAUGAUGGAGGCACUGUUGGAGGGUAUGGUGGUGGUGACAUAGGUGGAGGGCAUGAUGGCAAUGGCAACAGUGGCACAGUUGGAGGGUAUGGCAGCGGUGGCAGCACAAUUGUAUUGUACGGUGGCAGCGACAGCGAUGGUGGCACCUCUGGAGGGUAUGGCAGCAACAGUGCCACAACUGGUGGGCACGGCGGCGGUUCAAAUGGCGGCUAUGGCGGCGGCAACGUAAGUGGAGGGUACGGUGGCAGCUUCAGUGCCAUAGGAACAAGUGGUGGCGGUGGCAGCAGUCAUCAGCAACCAAACACCUUGAACACCGCCAGUCAGGCUGCGGUUCAGGCUACCGCAGCCGCUGCAGGCCUGAAACAUGCCGCCCGAGCUGCGGCUUCCGAUGCCGCCAGUCAGGCAGCUGCAAAAGCUUCAGCUGCCUCACAAACUGCGCAGGCCGCCCUCGCCCAGAUUCAGGUUGAAGCUGCGCAGUUGACCCAAACAGCCCAGAGGGCGCAGUCGGUUGCCUUGGCCGAGGCGUCUCUAGCGGGUCAAGCCAGCGCUGCCGUCGUUGCUGCACACAACACCUACAACCUCGCUCUGGCUCUCGUGCACAACCUAUCAGCAGCACAGAGCGAAACCAGUACGGUGAUUGCACAAGCUCAGCAGGCGCUACAGGCGACGCAGGCGGUGUAUUCCUCGCAGGAGUUCAUGAAGAGUCAGGCGGAGGAAAUCUUCAACGCCGUCAGUAAGAAGCAGCACCUUUUCCUCCGCCAGCUGAACUCUGCUCUAGCGGCUCUUGGCCAGGCCGAGGCCGCCGCCAACCUAGCCCUGACCAAGGCCCAGAGCCACAGUGGUAGUUAUGGUGGCCAAGGAAGCCAUGGAGGAGGCAAAGGAAGCUAUGGUGGCGAGGGAAUUGCAAUUGUGGUUACUUCAGAGGUUGUUUUUGCGUUGGUUGUAGUGCGUGUAGUGACUGUUGGAGAGGCGGUGGUUGUUGGAGAGUCUGUCGUUGUUGGAGAGUCUGUCGUUGUUGGAGAGUCUGUGGUUGUUGGAGAGUCAGUGGCUGUAGGAGAGUCUGUGGUUGUUGGAGAUUCUUGA